CAGCCCGGCCCCCGCCCGUGCAGCCACCGUGCCCGCGAGCGGGAGCCGUGUCGCCGCCGCCGCCCGAGCGCCGCUGAGCGCACGCAGAGCCCGCCGCCGCCAUGGCCACCACGGUGACCUGCACCCGCUUCACCGACGAGUACCAGCUCUACGAGGACAUUGGCAAGGGGGCUUUCUCCGUGGUCCGCCGCUGCGUCAAGCUCUGUACUGGCCAUGAAUACGCUGCCAAGAUCAUCAACACCAAGAAGCUGUCGGCCAGAGAUCACCAGAAGCUGGAGAGAGAGGCCCGGAUCUGCCGCCUGCUGAAGCACUCCAACAUCGUGCGUCUACACGACAGCAUCUCUGAGGAGGGCUUCCACUACCUGGUCUUCGAUCUGGUAACUGGAGGGGAGCUGUUCGAGGACAUCGUGGCAAGAGAGUACUACAGCGAGGCUGAUGCCAGUCAUUGCAUCCAGCAGAUCCUGGAGGCCGUACUCCAUUGCCACCAAAUGGGGGUCGUCCACAGAGACCUCAAGCCCGAGAACCUGCUCCUGGCCAGCAAGUGCAAAGGGGCCGCAGUGAAGCUGGCAGACUUCGGGCUAGCCAUUGAGGUGCAGGGGGACCAGCAGGCGUGGUUCGGCUUUGCUGGCACGCCAGGCUACCUGUCCCCGGAGGUCCUGCGCAAGGAGGCGUAUGGCAAGCCCGUGGACAUCUGGGCGUGUGGGGUGAUCCUGUACAUCCUGCUGGUGGGCUACCCUCCCUUCUGGGAUGAGGACCAACACAAGCUCUACCAGCAGAUCAAGGCCGGGGCCUACGACUUCCCGUCCCCUGAGUGGGACACCGUCACUCCUGAAGCCAAAAACCUCAUCAACCAGAUGCUGACAAUCAACCCUGCCAAGCGCAUCACGGCCCACGAGGCCCUGAAGCACCCGUGGGUCUGUCAACGCUCCACUGUGGCCUCCAUGAUGCACAGACAGGAGACUGUGGAGUGUCUGAAGAAGUUCAAUGCCAGGAGGAAGCUCAAGGGUGCCAUCCUCACCACCAUGCUGGCCACACGGAAUUUCUCAGUGGGCAGACAGACCACCGCUCCAGCCACAAUGUCCACCGCGGCCUCCGGCACCACCAUGGGGCUGGUGGAACAAGCCAAGAGUUUGCUCAACAAGAAGGCAGAUGGAGUCAAGCCCCAGACAAACAGCACCAAAAACAGUUCGGCCAUCACCAGCCCCAAAGGGACGCUCCCUCCUGCCGCCCUGGAGCCUCAAACCACCGUUAUCCAUAACCCAGUGGACGGGAUUAAGGAGUCGUCUGACAGUACCAACACGACCAUGGAGGACGAGGACGCUAAAGCCCCUUGCGGCCCCGAUAUCCUGAGCUCAGGGAGGAGGGGCUCGGGAGCUCCAGAAGCGAGGGCCCCGUCCGUGCCAUCUCUGGCACCCCUUACCCCUGUUUCUGCCCCAGCCCCCAGGAUCUCUGAUAUCCUGAGCUCAGGGAGGAGGGGCUCGGGAACCCCAGAAGCUGAGGGCCCCCCGCCCUGCCUGUCUCCAGGUCUCCUAGGCCCCCUGACCGCCCCGUCCCCCAGGAUAUCUGACAUCCUCAACUCAGUGAGGAGGGGCUCAGGGACCCGAGAAGCUGAGGGCCCCCUGCCAGUGGGACCCCUACCCUGCCCAUCUCCGACUCUCCCUGGCCCCCUGCCCGCCGUGUCCCGGAAGCAGGAGAUCAUCAAGACCACAGAACAGCUCAUUGAGGCCGUCAACAACGGCGACUUCGAGGCCUACGCGAAAAUCUGUGACCCUGGCCUCACCUCCUUUGAGCCCGAAGCUUUGGGCAACCUGGUUGAAGGCAUGGACUUCCACAGAUUCUACUUCGAGAACCUGCUGGCCAAGAACAGCAAGCCGAUCCACACGACCAUCCUGAACCCCCACGUGCACGUCAUCGGCGAGGACGCGGCCUGCAUUGCCUACAUCCGCCUCACACAGUACAUCGACGGCCAGGGCCGGCCCCGCACCAGCCAGUCCGAGGAGACACGGGUGUGGCACCGCCGAGAGGGCAAGUGGCAGAACGUGCACUUCCACUGCUCGGGCGCGCCCGUGGCCCCGCUGCAGUGAGAGCGGAGCCUGGUCUCGGCGGACAGAGUCGGUGUCUGCAGCCUGGCCACCUUGGCCUCGGCCUGCCUGUCGCAUGUUUGUGUCGCCUGGUCCCCUCCCCCGGUGCCUGUGUCUGCAGAAAAACAAGACCAGAUGUGAUUUGUUAAAAAAAAAAAAAAAAAAAGGAUGAAGACAACGACAACCCC